GGAGGCCCAAGGGGGCGGAGGUGGGGUUGCCCGGCUCUCCGGAAGGAGACGUGGCGGCGGUUGGGCCCGGGGCUGCCUGGGUGCUUAGAAGUCCCGCCGCCUCCUCCUCCUCCUCCCCCUCCUCUCCUCUAUGGGAAGAGGAGGUUGUGGCGGCGGCUGGAGAAAUCGGCAGCGGAGGAUGGAGGAAGGAGGAGGCGGCGCGCGUAGUCUGGUCGCAGGCGGGCCGGUGUUAUUGGUCCUCUGCGGCCUCCUAGAGGCGUCCGGUGGCGGCCGAGCGCUCCCCCAGCUCAGCGAUGACAUCCCUUUCCGAGUCAACUGGCCCGGCACCGAGUUCUCUCUGCCUACAACUGGAGUUUUGUAUAAAGAAGAUAAUUAUGUCAUCAUGACAACCACACAUAAAGAAAAAUAUAAAUGCAUUCUGCCCCUUGUGACAAAUGGGGAUGAGGAAGAAGAAAAGGAUUAUAAAGGCCCUAAUCCAAGAGAGCUAUUGGAGCCGCUAUUUAAACAAAGCAGUUGUUCCUACAGAAUUGAGUCUUAUUGGACUUACGAAGUAUGUCAUGGAAAACACAUUCGACAAUACCAUGAAGAGAAAGAAAGUGGUCAGAAAGUAAAUAUUCACGAGUACUACCUUGGGAAUAUGUUGGCUAAGAACCUUCUAUCUGAAAAAGAUCAAGAGUCAGAUGAAAAGGAAAAAUCAAAAGAGAUUCCCACUAAAAAUAUCGAAGGUCAGAUGACACCCUACUAUCCUGUGGGAAUGGGAAAUGGUACACCUUGUAGUUUGAAACAGAACCGGCCCAGAUCAAGUACAGUGAUGUAUAUAUGUCAUCCUGAAUCUAAGCAUGAAAUUCUUUCAGUAGCUGAAGUUACAACUUGUGAAUAUGAAGUUGUCAUUUUGACACCACUCUUGUGCAAUCAUCCUAAAUAUAGAUUCAGAGCAUCCCCUGUGAAUGACAUAUUUUGCCAGUCCCUGCCAGGAUCACCAUUCAAACCCCUCACCCUGAGACAACUGGAACAACAGGAAGAAAUAUUAAGGGUGCCUUUCAGGAGAAAUAAAGAGGAAGAGUUGCAGUCCACUAAAGAAGAGAGAUUUCCAGCAAUCCACAAACCCAUUGCUGUUGGUUCUCAGCCUAUGCUCACUGUUGGAACAACCCACAUAUCCAAAUUGACAGAUGACCAACUCAUAAAAGAGUUCCUUAGUGGUUCCUACUGCUUUCAUGGGGGCGUUGGUUGGUGGAAAUAUGAAUUCUGCUAUGGCAAACAUGUACAUCAAUAUCAUGAGGACAAAGAUAGUGGGAAGACCUCUGUGGUUGUGGGUACAUGGAACCAAGAAGAGCAUAUUGAAUGGGCUAAGAAGAAUACUGCUAGAGCCUAUCACCUUCAAGAUGAUGGUACCCAGACAGUCAGGAUGGUGUCACAUUUUUAUGGGAAUGGAGAUAUUUGUGAUAUAACUGACAAACCAAGACAGGUCACUGUAAAACUAAAGUGUAAAGAAUCAGAUUCUCCUCAUGCUGUUACUGUAUAUAUGCUAGAGCCUCACUCCUGUCAGUAUAUCCUUGGGGUUGAAUCUCCAGUGAUCUGUAAAAUCUUAGAUACAGCAGAUGAAAAUGGACUUCUUUCUCUCCCCAACUAAAGGAUAAUAAAGUUUAGGGAAAGAAAAGAUCAUUGACAGUCAUGAUUUCUGUCCAACCAUGUGUCUCAUUGUAGAGUUCUCAGCCACUGAACCUCAUCUAAAGGAUCGUAUAAAAGGACUCUCAACCACUUUGUGAAUAUGUAUGUGUAUAUAAGAGGUUAUUGAUAAACUUCUAAGGCAGAUAAUUGUCUCACUUCUUUCAUUUUUGUUGUGUCUUAUGAACUGAUUGUGUUUCUUGCUUGGAUAAUGUGAUUCCAAAAUAAAUCUCAUCCAAGCAAUUCACAGUCCAGCCUAAUGAAAUAUCAUAACUGUACCUAUUGAAAGUUUUAAAAAAUAGAUUUAUUAUGUAAAUUAUAGUAUAUAUAACUAGUUAAUGAACUAAAGAUAAUGAAGAAGGAAAUUGAUAGGAGGUUGUUUAAAUCAGAGACCAUGUAAAAUAUGUAAAUUCUAGUGCCUGAAAUCCUUUCAACAAAUUUUUAUUUAGCAACUGCUCUCUACCAGGUAUUAAACUAGAAACUGGGCACAUAAUAGAGCCUCACAACAUUUAAGUUUUCUUCACUUCUGUUAAUUUCAAGAAACUCUUACUUGUAAGAGGUUGUUUCUCUCUUGGAACUUUUAAUCUGUUUCUUUCUCCCUGAUGUGAAUGUGUUUUUCCCCGAGGUGUAUGUGGUGUAGACAGACAUUCUUCUCUCUUGACUUAGAAUGGUUUACUCCAACAAAACACACUGUGCUGGCCAGCCUUUGUACUUGUCUGCUGUAUACUACAGAUUUUAGUUCUGGACAGUUUUACAGCACAAUAUUUAUUUUGAAGUGAAUAAAAAGUUCACAAGCAGCGUU